GGUUUUGGCCUGGUUCCGGUCACCCCCCCGCACCUUAGCCCGAAUUCCGUCCUGCCCCGCCAUCACCCUAAAAGCCAAAAUUAAUCCGCUGAACUUGCCCUUUCUUCCCUUUUUUCUUACUCUCGUUCUUCGAGAGGCGGCGAUCACGAGUUUUUCUUACCCUGCGAGUACUUUUGCAAAUACCGGAACGACAAGUCUUUACAACAGAAGAGAGAGAGAGAGACGGAAGCGCGGACAUGGCUACCGUCGUGCUUGGAAGUCAAUGGGGUGACGAGGGCAAGGGAAAACUCGUCGAUAUCCUUUGUGAGGAUGUCGAGGUUUGCGCUCGCUGCGCUGGAGGAAACAAUGCUGGGCACACUAUCGUCGUCAACGGUGUCAGUUACGACUUCCAUAUGCUGCCGUCAGGUCUGGUGAACCCCAAAUGCCUGAACCUGAUCGGUACCGGCACCGUCGUCCACAUCCCGUCGUUCUUCGCCGAGCUGGAGGCAAUCCAGAAGAAGGGCAUCGAUUCGACUGACCGCAUCUUCAUUUCCGACCGCGCCCACCUCGUCUUCGAUCUGCACCAGCUCGUUGACGGUCUCGAGGAGAUCGAGCUGGGGGCACAGAACAUCGGCACCACCCGGAAGGGAAUCGGCCCAACUUACUCCACCAAGGCUGCUCGCAGCGGUGUUCGUGUCUACGAGAUUUUCAACUGGUCUGAGUUUGAGAAGAAGUUGAGGGCGCUUGAGCACGGAUACAAGAAAAGGUUCGGAGACUUGUUGCAGUACGACGUCGAGAAGGAGUUGGCGCAGUUCAAGGUCUACUACGAGACUCUGCGUCCAUACGUUAUCGACGCUGUCCCCUUCAUUGCGGCUGCCUUCAAGGCCAACAAGAAGGUUCUCGUCGAGGGCGCCAACGCUCUGAUGCUUGACAUCGACUACGGCACGUACCCUUAUGUCACCAGCUCCAACACUGGAGUUGGAGGCGUGAUCACUGGACUUGCCAUCUCUCCCUUCAACAUUAAGAACAUCAUUGGUGUCGUCAAGGCAUACACCACCCGUGUCGGCUCUGGACCGUUCCCCACUGAGCAAUUGAACGAAGCUGGCGAACACCUUCAAGUUGUUGGCCGUGAGUGGGGUGUGACCACUGGCCGCAAGCGCAGAUGUGGAUGGCUCGACCUUGUCAUCGUCAAAUACUCGACUGCCGUGAACCACUACACCAGCCUGAACCUGACGAAACUCGACAUCCUUGACGGCCUCAAGGAGCUCCAGAUCGCAGUUGCUUACAAGGUUGACGGUGUGGAGCUCGAGUCGUUCCCUGCUGAUCUCAACACUCUGGCUAAGGUUGAGCCGGUGUACAAGACCAUGCCCGGAUGGACUGAGCCGACUACCAAGUUGACGGAGUACGACCAGCUCCCCAAGGAGGCCAAGGAGUACAUCGCUUUCAUCGAGGAGUUCAUCGGUGUCCGUGUGGACUGGGUUGGUGUUGGUCCUGGAAGGGAACACAUGCUUUACCGCCAACGGUAGAGUGGAGGGUUUAGAUGAUGUGUGCUGUGCGAUUUUAGAUCCUCGCGAGAUACCGUCUGUCUAGACAUGAGAUUCGGAAUGGUGUGAUUUCUUCUGUCUUUUUCUGUUUUCUUGCCUCAGGAUUUGGGGCUGGUCUUUGUCAUAGACGGAAGGCGGAAGAGGAGAGGGUGGUGAUACGCAUUUGUAGAACUAUCUAAACCAAAGAUUUGUCUUUUUUUUGUCUCCAGCAUUGAAUGCGUAGGCG